AUGAAGCGGACGCGUGAGGAGGACGACAUCGGGUAUCCAGUGAAAGUACGGCGGCUGUCGAAAGUAGACAGAUUAACAAGGUUGAGCGACGAGCUACUUGUGCGCAUUUUGUCCUUCGUUCCGACGCCAUCGCUCCUCACCUGCCAAAGGGUAUCGAAGAAAUUCAGUCGCCUUGCAGUCGACUCGGAGCUUUGGAAAGCCGCAUAUUAUCGCAAAUUUGUCCUCCCGAAAGCCUCCCGUAUCCCUGGAAUCAAAGGGACGCCUGGUCCGGACCGGUUACACUAUUCUUCAAAGCUGUCCAAGUGGCUCGAUGACGGCUAUCUGGUCAAAGAUGGCGUCCAAACCAAGUGGAAACAGCAGUAUCGGUUACGGCACAAUUGGGCUCAGGGAUCGUGCGCAAUCAGUGAGAUCGUGGUCGCAGAAAGGCCGCCCGACCCACCACUACUCGUUAUGAUGUCAAAUAACAUCGUGUAUGCUGCUGAUUCUAUAUCUGGUCUUCGAGCAUGGAGCUCGAAGAACGAUCGGGGGCUGCUGGCAUGUACACCACUCUUCGGCGAAUUGGACACUCCUCGACUACCAAUAUCUAUGGCAAUAGAUGCAGCCCAAAGCGACGAUCGUCUCGAAAGAGUCGUACUAGGCUUUGAGGACGGUUCAUUCUCGAUUUAUACUCUCAGGAGAGACUACAAGAGUUUCGAUAAUCUAUUCACGCAUCCACCGUCGACUAAUGGAAUGAUAUCUGCGCUUGCAUUCUCAUCGCCGUACCUCCUAACCAUGACCGAGGAUCACCUACUAUCUCUGUACACUUUUGAAGGAAUCAUGAGCAACUCCGCUACCCUCAAAGCCCCCAAACUCCUAUACUCCUUGCGCUCACACACGGCGUGGCCUCCUGUAUCUCUCUCGUUGCGAACUACUGCAACAAGCAUGACUGCUGCCAUUGCAUAUUCUCUACCGACAUAUCUAUCUGGAUGGACCGUCGGUGUACAGGAGCUAAUGCUCUCACGCAAAGGGGAGCUCCUCGAAUCUAGAUUGGCCACUGCAGCCGACGAACGUUCCUUUACACUUUCCGCGUAUCGAUCGGCGUCGUCACCCUCUACACGCUCAUCGUCUCCUCUUCCAGGCGCUACGCAAGAGGUUUCGUUGACGAGCAGUCCAAGCAGAUCGAAGCCUACAUCAAUGUCGUACUCGCAUCCCUAUCUUCUAGUCGCCCAUCCUGAUAAUACUCUUUCGCUGUAUCUGGUGCGGUCGACGUCUUCCGCAUUAUCGAUUAGCUCUGGCAACCGUCUCUGGGGCCAUACAUCUUCGAUCUCCGGCGCUCAUGUCGGUAUACGCGGGAAGGCUGUCUCGGUGAGCAGAUUAGGCGAUGAGCUACGUGUUUGGGAUCUGGAGGGCGGUAUGGCUUCCUCGGCAUCUCGAAGACAAUCGAGAAAUGGCGAGUUAAGUGUCCGAGUGCAGCCUUCAAGGAUCGGCGAUGAGGACGUGCAAGACGACGAAUCCGGGCGAGAAGUCGGGCUCCGAUUUGCACUUGAACGAGGAUUCGACGAUUCCGCUGUGAGCCGUGGUUGGGUAGGCUUUGACGAACAGAACGUCAUCGUCCUUCGUGAGAAGAGUGAGGGGAGUCAAGCCUUGGUUGUGUACGAUUUCACGUAG